GUCAGUCAUGUACCUCCAUUAGGGGGCGCUGCAUGGUGGACAAUAACAGAAACAUUUCACGGUCUAUAGCAGAAGAAGACUCCCCACGACUUUGGCGUUUAGCGGUAGCAGCUGUCCUGACCUUCUCACAGCAACGUGACAAACUGAAAGGUAAGAGAAGAAUAAACUUUAAAUAAGUGCACCCAAAUAAACAUUAAUAAUGAAAUGUUAAAAACGUAUAACAGCAACUUUAAAUAAAGACAGCUUCUCCUCUUACGGUGGCUGUGUACGCAGCUAGCUACCUGUUAAGGCUAGUUAGCAUUCUUCUGUGAUUCUGGGACUGUGCUAACAUGCUAGUCUGGAGCUAUUCAUUGAUUCAAGUGUUGAGACAGUUUACACUGAUCAACACAAAUUGUAAAUCUAAAUGCGUGGUUUUGAGUACUCCUCCUUGCAUACUUUGUUGUCAAUGUUAACUCCGCCUAGUGUAGAUAGUUGGUCUUCUGUAAGCAUUAGCGUUACGUAAAAGCGUUUGGGUAUCUACAGGUCAGGCGAGUCUUUGAAUAGUCAGGGAUUAAAUGAAUGUCUUUGUGACAUUGAAGGCACUAUGUAGAAAUGCUGAGGUGUCGAAAACCUCUGUCUUUAGCACACCUUUCCCCAAGUGUCCAGAGUUCUUAGCCGGACUCACAAUGCAUUUGAGGGUCACAGUUGCAUUGUGGGUCUAGAGUCAGCUUUAUCACAAGUUUUAGGUGAUCUCCGUUUGCAUUUACCGAGUAUAUGUAGUGUGAGUUUGCAUUAUUGCUCUGACUCUGCAUGACACUGUGCCGGUGCUUUCUCUCCCUCAGAUGGCUGGACGUGCAUUUGCAAAUUGGUGGGCCCUGAUGAGUCCAUACUACACCAAGGCCUACCAGGAGAUGUGGGUGGGUGUGGGCAUUAUGACAUACCUGUACUACAAAGUUUCCUAUGGAGGUGAGUGUAAAGUUGGAAUUGGUAUAAGUGAAAAUACAACAUGCAUACGUUUCAACUAAAUGAAAUACACAAGUGCAAUGUGCUUGUCUGUGUGCGUAGUUAUUGCAGAUAUGCACAACUGUAACCAAAGGUAUAUGUGGUGAUAUGAGACUAAUGUAGAGUCUGUUUUUUCUAUUUCAGGCAAGAAGGCUGUCAAGGACAGUAAGUAACCUAAGAUUUUACCAGCUGCUACAAUGAAGUUAUACUUACGUACUUGGGUGUAUACCACUAAACUGAUUUUUGACCUUUUCAAGUAACCUACCACUUAGCAGUAGAAUGAUGAUCAACAAUUUAACUUUUGAGUAAGUUCUACAUCAGGAUUUCCCUUUGAAUUAAGACAUAACUAUUUGCAGUCGUAGCAAGUUGAGAAUUUGUGUUUUCGAUCGGUUAUAUAUAAUGUUCCUUGUUAAAGAGACUUAGGAGUUUAAUUAGAUUAAUGAGAUGGUUGAUUUUAGAUGAAUAAAAAGACCAGUGGCUCAUGAGUCGGAUGUGGUGCAACAAUUAUCCUCUAGGUGUCGCCAGCAUCACUACUUUGGAUGUUACUGCUUACAGCACAUGUGGUUGUGGUAAUCUGAAGUUUUUAUAUCAUGUUUUUAUGAUCUUAAUAUCACAUGUGCUAAAGCCCAAUGUGGAACAUGAGAUGAAAAUGAACAAAAGCUAGAAACCCUCUUGGUAAUUUUAUUUAUAAUGUUAAUAUGUAAAUUGCAUCCAACCUACCAGAUAAAGAAAACUGAAUCAAAACUUGGUUAGGGUCAUAUUCGGGUUAUUACAGACUUUUUAUUGAUUUCUUUUCUGUUUUUGCAGAGCCUGCCCAUUAACUUCUCCACCAUGCUGACCACCCCUUCAUCUACUGUGUAAAAAAUGCGCCAGCUGUAGUCCAGAAGUCCAGCCUCAUCUUUGAAUUUUUGUUAAUAUGGAACGAAUAAAGUUAAUAUCCAAACCUUUAAUCAUU